UCAUGGUUCGAAUUAUUAUCAUUAUAUCACGCCGACCGGCGCUAGGUCACUAGGUUACACUGUCGAAGUGUAGACAUGAUUGAGAUUUGAGACUACAACUACAACUGGUAGAUGCGUAACAGUACCAAUAUAGUAGAAAUGAGUUCCAGUAACGCGGCGUCAGGUUACCAACGCCAUUAGUGGUUAAUGGUCACACAGCUCUGGUUGUACACAUAACAAUGGUCCAACCGGUGAUGGAGGUUCGAUGAUUUUAAGAUUUUAUCGAUCUUGAGCAUGGCAUAAAUAACAACUAUAUAGCGUUGCGUACAUAUCACCGCGGGAUUUUAUACAGUGCUCUAAACUAACCUUAUACAGUUUAAAUAAAUACAACCGUGCCCGCUUAGUCCAUGAUUUCGGAAAAAGUGUCUGGACGACGCGACAGGUUAACCGCGUACCCACGCUACUGCGCAGUGCGCAUUCUUCUUUUCGGUAGUCAAUGUUUGGUUUUGUUCGGAGUUUCGGACAUUUCUAACCUAUUGUCCUAUUGCUGUUGGCGAGUUGACGGCCAUUUUAUGAGUGUAAAUGUGUACUGACCACUUUCCUCUGCGUCGAUGGCCUCUGCUAUAUUUUUUCCUUGAGUAAUUGAAUAUUUAUUUGAUUAUAUAAAAGGAAUAAUAAUUGAAAAUGGACACUACAAUGAAAGAAACAUCCGAGGAAACAUCUAACAAUAAUCAGCCCAAUGCUAGUUCAACUGAAGAUUACUCGGGAGUAUUUAAUGAUGGUAUUGAUGAGCCAAAUGUACCUCGUUCAAUAAUCAGUACAAAUUUUAGUGAAAAGGCUUUUGAUGCCAUUAUACAUCAUAUCAAGACAGAAAAUUGUUCACUUUUUGAUGAAGAAUGUAGUGAUUCAGAAGAUACUAUCAGUAUAAUUUCUGAACCAGUUGAUACUAAAAAUAUAAAUCAACCACUAGUAAAUAUGUGGUGUAAUGUAGCUUCUACAUCUGGUGAAAAACAUGUAAAUAUUUCUGAAUCAAAUUCACAGGUACUCUCAGAUACGAAAUUAGUCAAGGAAUUAGUUGACAGUAAAAUUACAAGUAAGUGUACAAGAUUAACUUCAACGGCCAUCAUGAAAUUAUCAUCUAAACCAUUAUCACAUGUUUGUCUACAAAAUUGCUUAUGGUGUAAGAAACUUUUUCGUGUACUUGACAGUCCUUAUCAUAUUAGUCAGAUUCGAAGCAUUGACAAGCAAAAUGAAUUUUUAAAAAUUGAACCAACGCUAACUAUUGAUUCAUGCCUUUGUGAUUUUUGUUGGAAAUUUCUGGAAAAAAGUUACAAAUCCAAUAUGGCUGAAAAAAAAACUGGCGAUCUUUCUUUUUUACAUAAAAGGGCUAGACUAUUAGAACGAUAUCCUAAAAAAUCUUCAUCAAAAAAUAAAUCACAGUCCAGGCGAUGUUCAAUGCAUUAUUGCUCUAAACCUCAUGUCCAUAAAGUGUCUGUGGAACAAUACAAUACAAUCACACAAUUAUUAUCAACAUUUGAAUUUUACAAUUUUGUUUUUGUUCCUUCCCGGAAAACAUCUCCAGAGUUAUUGAAGUUUCCCUUUUGUCUUUGCAAUAACGAUUUAGCCAUAAUUGUUACGAUAACUUCAUGUCAAAUAUGUGGUGACAAUCUACAAGAACCUUUCAAUACUGAUGACUGGUUAAUGUAUGAAAGAUGGAAUUGGAAAUUAAUUACCAAUAAAAUGCCUUUACUGCUGAAAGCUGGUAUGUUUCUAUGUGUGACUUGUAAAAUAAGUCUUUCUACAGAAAGUGGUGCUUUCCCAGCUAUUGUAUUGCCUAAAUUACUGGAAAAUAUCAAUUCAAUGAAACAACUGCGUUUAAAAAUUUAUGGACCACCGCCAUAUAACUUAUAUAAUAUAUGUCAAGAACCAACAUAUUGUAUUGCACCUCCCAUUGUUGUUCCUAAUAUGAUGAAACAACAACGUGUUCGUUCAGAAAUAAAAGUCAUGUUUUCUGAUCCUUUGAUAACUGCAAAUUUUCAUUAUGAAUAUGAUGAUGAUGAUGAUGAUAAAAAUAAUACAGAUACAUUUAUAACAAGCACUAAACUUUGUGUACCAAAAUUAGAACCAAUAGAUGAAGGACUUAAUUCUGUAAAACUUGAAGAAGGAUAUGUUCAGGCAUCUAUGGCUAAUGAAGAUCCUAAUGUGAGUGGUAUUGAAAUAACUAACUCAUUAAUUAAGAGUGUUGAUAUAAAAACUGAAUACAUACCUGAUCAAAAUUCUUCAGAAAAUAUGUGUGAAGAUAAUUAUUUUACUGAUAGUAUGACAAAUUAUGUUGUAACUACCAGUAUAGACGAUAAUAAAGACUUGUUACACUCACAUAUUAAAAACGAGAUGUCUACAAAUGAAAAUAUCAAUCAAUAUCCAGGAAUUGCUAAUGUUAAUUCACUUCAAAAUCAAUAUCAUGUUGACAAUUUAAAAAUUGAGGAAAAUGGGUCAGAGAUUAUUGAUGAAUAUUCACACCAAGUUGGUAAUGGACACAAUGAAAUAGAAAAUUAUCAAAGUGAGUCAGAAAUUUCUGAUGUUAAUUCUCAACAAGAUGUAUGUAAUGUUGCUCAAUAUAAAAAUAACACGAAUCUUAUGGUAAAUAAUCAGUGUAUGAAUAUAAUAAAUACAAUAAAUGAAACUAAAUAUUUAAAUGAGUCUGACAACAGCGUGUAUUCAAAUAUUGCAGCAGUAGAACCACCUAAAGCAAUAGAAUUAUUAAAGAGAAAACGUACUAUUUCAAAUAGAGGUGUGAAGAAACAAAGACUGAAUGAAAUAAACAGUUCCUAUGACAAUAGUUCCAUAAGUGAUAAUACUAUCAGCAAUAUAAAUAUUGCUCAUCCGAAUACAAGUACAAAUAUUGCUCAUCCAAGUACAAGUACAAAUAUUGCUAAUCAAAGUACAAGUACAAAUAUUGCUAAUCAAAGUACAAGUACAAAUAUUGCUCAUCCAAGUACAAGUACAAAUAUUGCUCCUCAUCCAAGUACAAGUACAAAUAUUGCUAAUCCAAGUACAAGUACAAAUAUUGCUAAUCAAAGUACAAGUACAAAUAUUGCUCAUCCAAGUACAAGUACAAAUAAUGUUCAAAAUCUCCCAAGUAAUUUGAAUGAAAUAUUUACAAUGUCACCAAGUGCAAUAUGGAUUGCUGAUAUGCCAACACUUGAUAUAAAUCAUGCUAGUACAAGUACAAAUAAUGUUCAAAAUCUCCAAGUAAUUUGAAAAAUAUUUACAAUGUCACCAAGUGAUUACUGGAUUGCUAAUGUGCCAACACUUGAUAUAAAUCAUGCUCGCAGUUCGGAACAAAAUUGUUGUGGAUAUCCUAGAAUUUCAUCAGAAUCCAUAACUUUAUCAGACUCUGAAUAUAUAGAACCUAAUACUGAUGUUUCAUUGGAUUGUGAAGUGUUUUCUGAUACCGAUAGUGAAUUUUCUUCUUUUACUCCAAACAUUAAUUCACCGGAAACAGAUUUUAUAAUUGUUUCAGAUGAAAAUGAUUUAGAUUCUGAUGAUGAUGACAUAGUAGAUACAGAAGAUUUGAAUAAUGACAUAGUAGAUACAGAAGAUUUGAAUAAUGACAUAGUAGAUACAGAAGAUUUGAAUAAUGACAUAGUAGAUACAGAAGAUUUAAAUAAUGACAUAGUAGAUACAGAAGAUUUGAAUAAUGACAUAGUAGAUACAGAAGAUUUGAAUAAUGACAUAGUAGAUACAGAAGAUUUGAAUAAUGACAUAGUAGAUACAGAAGAUUUAAAUAAUGACAUAGUAGAUACAGAAGAUUUGAAUAAUGACAUAGUAAAUACAGAAAAUUUGAAUAAUGACAUAGUAAAUACAGAAGAUUUGAAUAAUGACAUAGUAAAUACAGAAGAUUUAAAUAAUGACAUAGUAAAUACAGAAGAUUUAAAUAAUGACAUAGUAGAUACAGAAGAUUUGAAUGAUGACAUAGUAAAUACAGAAGAUUUAAAUAAUGACAUAGUAGAUACAGAAAAUUUGAAUAAUGACAUAGUAGAUACAGAAGAGUUUAAUAAUGACAUAGUAGAUACAGACGAUUUUGAAACAGCAAUAUCUGAAAAUAUAUUAAAUACAACUAACCGUUUAAACCAACUAAAAGAAAUAAAUUGGACAAUUGUGGAUGAUGUAAAAAAGUCUGAACAUGUAAUUGAAGAAUCCCAUGGUAAAGUUGAACUACCUUCUGGUGAUGAGGAAUCUCACUGUAUAAUGAUAUCUGAGAAUAGGAGUAAUAUAAUAAACAGUUUGAUUGUAUCUGAUAAUGAAAUUGAACAAUCGUCUGGUGACGAGGAAUCGCAAACUAUGGAUAUAUCUGAGAAUGAAAAUAAUAUAAUAGACAGUAUGGUUAUAUCUUAUGAUGAAACUAAAAUAUCAGAUAUUAUACCAAUGUUGAACAGAAAUAAUGUAAUAAAUUCUCAAGCUUUACAACCGUUGAGUAUUAAUAAUUCAAGAAAUAAAUCUGGUUUUUUUGAAUUUCCUUAUUUACAACUAACAGGCAAUAAUAGUUUUAAUGAUUUUUCACCUGAUGUUUUACCUGAUGAGUUACAUGAAUAUUUUGAGGACAUUUGUGAAGGUAUAAGAUUUUUUAUGAAUAAUGUUGAAGAUCAAUCGUUUAAAAAUUUAUGUUCCGUAAUAGGCAAUGAAACAGAAAUGCUUCUGUAUCUGAUGGAAAACUUAAGAAUGCUUUACAGAGGAGAAUUAAUUCUUUCUGAUACAGCCUGCCCCUCUGAUCAAAAUUAUUACACUGAACAAAUGGAAACUUUAUACAAUCAUUAUGGUGUCCCUGAAUUGAAUAUUAAUGCCUCAAAGCCAUUCAUACAUUCAUCAUCACGCUUACAUCAGUAUAGCAAACGAUUAUCGCCUACUGUGGAACCUCUUAAAAUCACGGAUAUUACAUUUACUAGUACAUCGGUCCAGAAUUCUUCAAAUGUUUCAUAUACCCCGCCAAAAGAUACUGCAACAGACAUAAGUGUAUCUAAAAUAACAAAUAGAUACACACCCUACAAAGCUAAAAAAUCAUUUCCUUUAAUGAAUCCAUUAUCUAAUUCAAGAAAUAUUGUGUCUAGAUCUUCAAAAACCCGCACACCAUGCACAAAGCUAUUAUUAUCUAAUGUAAUCCCCUACUCACCAAAUGAUAAAUCGACAUCUUCAACUCCACAUCAAACUCAAAUUAAAGUCCAAUUACCAUUUGCUGUUCAAAAAAGAAAACGUGAUAACACUAAAGUUUUUUAUUGUCCUAAAAUUCUUCCGCCACCACCACCAGCUAUUCCAAUACCAAAUGCAAUGAGGUCAUCAAUUAUGCAAACAAAACCUCCAGUUUCCUUGCAAAAAAACCAACACAGUAUAAAUUAUUAAUAAUUCAUUUUAUUUUAUUAUAAAUGAAUAAUAGAUUUCAAAUGAUAUAGUAAACUUCUUUUUAACUACAAUAUUUUUCUUGUAAAUCAAUUUAUCGCUAACCAAGUCACAGCAUACAUUGCGUACAUUUUAAAUAAUUAAAUAAGAUUAAUUAAUAAAUUAAAUUCAAACAUAUAAAAUAUUAAUGAUAUCAGUUAUAUAUACUAUAAGUGUAGUUAUACUUGAUAUUAAAUCCUUGUUUAUAUAAUAUGAUAUGAUAAAUUAAAAUAUAUAUCAAUAGAAAUCUAUUAUUAUUAUUACUAUUUUUUUUUCAAUUUGAAAAAAAAAUAUGAACUGAUUUAUUUUUAAACUUGAGUUGUUAAAUAUUGAAUAAUCAAUUUAAAAUUAUGUUCUAAAACUUUCUUUUACAUUAUGACUGAAUUUAUUGUCGGCUGAUUUUAAAACACAUUAUAUUAUUUUUAAUUAGUAUGUAAAAUAAACACAAGAUAAAAAAAUAAAUUAAAAUUAAAUUUUAGAUAUUCAUACUAUUUGUGUAGUUAUAAUUAUUAUAAUCUUAAAUCCUUUGCUAUCUAUUUAAUAUAUAAAAAUUAUAAAGGAUUUAUCAUAAUAUAUAUCUAUCAAUAUAUAUGUAGUAUAUAUAUUAUGAUAAAAUGAAUUAAAACUUAUAUUAUUUAAUACCUAUUUUAAUUAUUUAUUUUCUUUUUUAAUAUUGACAAUGUUUAAAAAUGAAAAUAGAUAUUGAUUUAAUUAUUAUUAAAAUUAAUUAAUAAUGAUUUUAGUACAACCAACUGAACCUAAUAUACACAUUAACACCAACAAACGAAAAUGUUAAUAGCUUAUAAUUACUUGGUAAAUUAUUGCUCAAAUAAAAUGAUUAGGUGCCAUUGAAUAUUAAGAAAUAAGAAUAUUACAAUUUUUCUAAAAUACUAAAACAAUUUAAUAGACUUUAAAUGAAUACAUACAAUGCUAUAUAAACACCUCUAAAAUUUGAUAUUCACAUAUUUGAUGACAUUAAAAGAUUUAUGUAUAUUAUAUUAUAUUGAUUGGAAAUGUAUGGGCAUGAGUAGGUUUUAUAUAUUUUAUUGUUAAUUUUUUUUUUUUUACAAAACUCAAUGUAAGCACUAACCUAACUUAUUCACAUUAUGUGUGUGUGUGACUUCAGUAGCUUUUUCAUUAACAAACAGUAAUUUUUUAUAUAAGUUGUAAGGUUAAUGUUGUGGAAAUGUAAAAUUUUUAAAUGAAUUGUACAUUAUAGUUUAACUUUUUUUUUUUAUCAAUUGUGAAUAAAUAUAGAAAUUUAAGUGCAUGAAAUACAAAAUUCAUUGGUGAAGAAGUGGAUGUGGAUUGGGCAUUUACCAGACAUGGUUCCGUUGAAGAAAGCUAAUUUGAAUAUAUGGAUUAAACGUGGUGUUGGAUGCUGUUUUAAUGUUUUUUAUCUAAAAGCAAUGAUUGGUAUUACUCUUAGUUACUUUAAGAUGUGUACCAUGUAUGACACUGAAGCUUAAUAAGGACAAAAAGUUAUUAAUUGAUUAUAUUAAUCCGAAACCCAAAAAGUCAUCACGAACUAUUUUGCAGAGCUCUCCGGGGAACACAGACAAACUGCCAAUGAAACGACAAUUCAAAUAUUUAAUACAUAUAAUGGUACCUAAUACCUAUUACUUACUAAACAAAUGUCUAAGCUUACAAAUUUUACCAAUUUGAUGAUGCUUUUGAUAGAUCAAGUAAUAUUUUAUAUCCGUGAUAUUUUUUUAAAAAAAAAGUGCAUAGAACUCAGUUGGAAAUUGGAGUCAAUUAGUACUUAAUGAUAUUAAAAACUGGAUUGUUUGUGAAGAGAUUAAUUAUCAUGCAAUAUGACUAAAAAAAAUAGCUAGUACUUACCUGUAUCUGAAAAUGUAUGAAAAAUUAUGUCAAAAUCUGUAUCAAAUGGUAGAUGCUGUAAUCCUGAAACCAACGAAGAAUAUAAUAACAAAUUCACUAGUUAUAAAGCCAAAAAUUACUUUUUUUGAUAACACUAGUUUAAAAAAAUAAUAACUUAAUAAUUUACUUAUUCCUUUUUAAUUUUUUUUGUUUUUAAUAAAAUGUCUUGUAACUUAACUUGGUUAAUAAAAUUAUUGUUAAAGUUCAAGUUAUUUGUAUAAAGUUAUUUACAAAUUUUUGUAUUGUAAUAUUUUUUACAUUAAUUUAUGGUAAUUUUUUUAUAACUUAAAAUCAUAUAAUAUUUUAAAUUUAGAUAAAUACUAUCAUAUGAGCUCUGCGAUAAGAAUAUUAUUAUCGUGGUGGCCUGGACUGUUUAUACAAAACCGGUCUAUCAAUUAGAAAUAGCAAUAAUAAUACUGAUUAUUUUUUUAUUUUUCAUUGUCCAUUAAAUGUUUAAAUGCUUUAAUUACUUAUAUAUUGUCUACUCAUUCUAAUUAUUCUAAUGGAUUUUAAAUCUUGGCUUUAUGUUCGGCAGCUAUGAUGAACUCAAUGAUAUUGGAUAUUGUCUGUGAAGAUAAUUGUCGAGUAUAUGGGCGAUUAGCUAUUGUUAUGUACUAUACCUAAUCUAGUAAUUUUCCUUUCAAUGAGAUAAAAGUGUCUAUGAACAUAACUAAAAGGUAUAUUUAAAAUAAAAAGUAACUUAAUUUGGUCAUUCACAUUAAUUUAUAUUUCAAAAUUAACUUAUAACUAAACUUAAUUACUUUUUUUUAAGAUACUUAACUUAACUUAAAAUACGUAGUUUAAAAAAUUGACUAACUUGUCCAACAUUGUUGGAAUGUUACUAUUGUGGUAUCGUGAGUCACUUCAAACCUACUUAUAAAUAUAAAAAUUACUGAAAUUAUUUUAUAUUUGCUCAAUGUUCAAAAAUGAGUCAUUAAAAAAAAAAAAUCUGUUUAAAUUAAAUAAGCAAAUAAUAAUGAUUGAGUUUUAAGUUUAUACAGGAUCAGCUUUUACUGUAUGUCUUUAAAGUACUAUUUUAUACGUCUCUACUCAACAAGUAAUAAACUAAUUAAAUUAAAUUAUCAUUAUCUAUAACUUAGAUUUUAUACAUUCAAUUGUAAAAUUUAAAAAAAUGAAAUCAUCUUAAAUCUAAAUAAGGGUCGAUUUUUCAAAACUAUGCCCCACUCUUAGAGGUUCUAAGAAGUUCAAAAACUUAGUAGAAUAAUUUAUUACUUGCUCUUGAUAGAAAACUGUAUCCAUGGAUUCAUUGGCAUAAUGUGGGCCAUGGGGGAGUGGCUAAGGGAGCACUUACCCUCUGACAUUUUUGAGAAAGUGCAAAAGUAUCAACCCCUCCCCACAGGGUAUUUGGACACUAUAAAUCUACAUUUUUGAAAUUAAAAAUGAAUGCAUUACAUUAAUUAAAAUAUAUUUAUUUUUUCUAAGCCAUGCAAUUAAUUUUAUGUUUUAUGUACAAACAAUUAGAUGUACUUAGAAUAAAAAUAUAUUAUCACCUCACGGUUUUAA